AUGUUUCAAAACGGCAACAAGACUUCUUAUGAAGAUUUCAUCCGUUUGAGUGGUGAGGGAAGGACUACGGCCAAGGCAGUAUGCCUUUGUCCGGACCUUCAAGAGCGAGUGCAGAUAUAUGGAGUUCUAGGCGUAGGAACAUUUGGUGUCACGUUUAUUGCACGCGAGAGAGGCGCCGCUGGUGAUUCCCUGGAGGACCUUGAACAAUACGCAAUCAAAUCUCAAGUCUACAACACACGGUGGAUGGACGUGAAAAAAGGAGAACUAACCAGUAUGGUGCCAUUUCGUGAGCCUACCGGAAGAAAACGAUAUAUGCCACUAGAAGCUCUCCUUCUGAUCUAUCUCGAUGAUAGCAACAGGUUCCCGCAGCUCAACUCGGUCUACACUCAUGGUAUGUUAACAGCAAUGAUUAUGAGUCCCUGUGUUGAUCCUAGCUAUGAAGCUGUUUCAACUAUUGAUGAGAGUCAUUUUGAUAGGAUCAAGUCAAAGGGGGCCAUACCACGCAUCCGAAAGAGAUACCCCCCGUUUCCAUCAUUUGAAGGCAGAUAUUUCAUGGCCGACUCCAAAGAACCCCAAAUGGGGGAAAUAGAAGGCUGUAAAGUUGCUUCCCAGCUUCUCCAAGCCAUGGUAGAAUUGGCCGAUAUGAACGUCUACCACGCUGAUAUGUCGGUAGCGAAUUAUCUCAUAGACCAAAACCUGAACGUCCAGCUGAUCGAUUUUGGAUUUUUUGACUUCUCGCUUAAGAAAUCGGGGUUCGCAAGGAAGAGAGAUCACUUUAUCCCCUACCACGAGUACCAGAUGAUGCCUGAGCGAGCCAUCGAACUAGAAAAGUACGACACCUGGAGGGAUACAUCCCAUGAUGAUGUCAGAAUCGAAACGAUCUACUUACCUACAGAUGUGCGGGAAAUUUGCCUAUGGAAAUAUUCAACCAUAGCGUACGGGUUUCUACAUGGCUUCUGGCCCUGGGAUGAGCCUGAACCAUUUCCGAGAGGUAUGGGAUGGCCUGGUAGCAAUCAGCGAAUCGCUCUCACAGGACUGCAGGGAUGUGUUACAAACCACACUGUCGAGAGACAAGUCCGACCGGCCGUCGUUGGAAGAGUUAUCAUCAUUUCCUUGGUUCUCUCGAUGGUCUGCUGA